AGACCUCGCAACGGGAACAAGUGGGAGCGAGCGGGCGCAAGUGGGAAAGAAGUUGGCCGCCUGGAAAUCAUCCCGACACGUCUCCCGGGGCUUGUUUAUUCGCGCAGUGGUUCCUGAUACACGGCCGCGACGUUCCUCUGUCUCGCCGUGACACACAGGCGUGCUUAGGCCGUAUACGCACCUCGGCUGCACCGAGCAAGGUGCUGCUGCUGCUGCUGCUGGGCCGCUCGUCGAUAAAACCGCCUCUGUUCCUCGGCACGCGGCCGGGGAUGCUGUGCGAUUCGCGGCUAUCGUUCGCAUCAGCCUUGGCCAACACGGUUUCGUCAUCCGGCGAGCCUAAGCCGACGAUCGCUUUCAACGCAGUACACAGAGAUCAACCGACGCUUUCAGCAUGGAGUGCCCCGAGGCGAUGGAUCGAGGCCGGAACUUUCGUCUGCUCGCCGAGGAGGAGUUGCCCGAGCUCUUGGACUUCCUCGCCGACCACUUGCCCGAAUCCUUAAAGUUCCAUCAAACGUUGCUUACGUACCAGCGGGACAAGGUGUGGGACUUUCAUUUCUACGUGGCCAACGGCUGGCCCGAGGAGGCGAUCUGCCUGCACUUCCCCGGCAUGACGUUGUCGCCCCACGGCUUGCUCUACGAGAGCGUGGGCGUCUUUUGUCCCAACGACCGUCUGGAGCUGCUCAAGCUGCUCAGGGACGAGGACGUGCUGGUCGACUGGUCCAAGCCGCUUUACAUGAAUUUCGUUCAUCACGACAUCGCCGAGGAGCUGUCCCGCUUUUACGAGGGCACUGGGACCAUCGAGACGGUAGUCGGCGACGUGUUCGUCUGCCGAGAUACGGAGCACGUCGACGACGCGCAGUCCGAGGACGAGGCGGACCCCGAUGUCCAGGUGAUGCCGUUGAAGGGCGAACACGCGGAAGCCAUUCACGAGCUGUACCCGGCCAACGACAUGGAGUGCCACGAAGUAUUUCUGCGGCUGAUCAGAAUGCUGUCGGCGGGCGGGGUCUUCGUCAAGGGCAACCUGGCUGCGUGGAUGGUGCAGUCUUACUACGGGGCCAUGUUCUCCAUGCAGACCAGGCCAGAGUACCGGAGGAAGGGUUACGGAACGAAGUUAGCAAGGUACCUGACGAAACGGGUAGCCGACAGGGGCUACCAGCCUUUCGUGGUGAUACGUCCGGAGAACGAAGCCAGCCAGAGCCUGUACAAGAAGCUGGGUUUCGCGAAGCUGUACCAGACGGUUCGGAUGACGUUCACGCCGUCGUCGUGGCAGGAAGGGCAGACCGAGUCGAGCAACGUGCUCAGAGACAACCUGGAGAACGCGGUCAGGCAGCUGACGAUCGAGCAGAAGAUAGCGAACGCUUUCGAGAACGACGGGGAGAUCUCCAUCGGCGAGACCGAACUGAAACAGUACGCGGACUAUUGCCUGGCGUCGGAGCAGACCGAGGCGAUCGCCGACGGAUCGGAAGACGGCGGGGGCCCGAACGAGGAGUCGGCCGACGAAGCGAUCGAGGAGGCUGCCGAGGACGCCGAAGAGGCGACGGAGAUCGAGGAGGAUCCGUCGGGAGACGUCGAAGGGACGGCGAGCGACGGGCAUCAAGACGACGGAGGAACGGAGGCUGCCGACGCGGAAUAAUGAAAUUAUACGUUCGAUUUUUCGAUAAAUGGUCCACGAUUUAAGUCGCGUCGCUCGGUCUCGGGCUGCUCUCCCUCCCGGAGCUGACAGACUGUGUCGGCGACAGUGCUCUCUCGGCCAAAGCGCGAAUAUCUAUCCAUCGAUCGGGCCCGCUAGCGAAAUAGACGAGCAAUCAGAACCAAACCUUGACGAGCAUCAUUCCUCGAUUCGCGGCGACGACGGGACACGAUUGUUUCAGCGUCCUCGUUUUAGACGAUUACCGGUAGCUUUUGUAAGCCAGAUCGACUCGAUCGAGAACAAUUGAAAGUAACAGGAACGAACCCGGUCGGGAACGGCGCGUAAUCUCCCCGUGGUCGGGAUCGAUGGUGUGUCCUAGGGAGGCGUCGGUCUCUUAGGGAGCGAGAGGGCCCCGAGCAGCGUCGCCGCGCUUCCGGCUGAUUCCGCGGGGUCGGAUCACCCGACGCGAGGCGAGGGUGCAGCGAGCGGAGGAAGGUCUAAUAGUCGCCGAGACCCGUUUCACGCGACGACACCUGCGUCGCGAUACGCGCAUGCGACACGGCGUUACAGCAAGCAGCGUACUUUUUUUUCUCACGCGAACGCAAACGUUACAGUAAAAAGCAAAAGCGCCCGCAAGCCUCUUAAAACGGUAUAACCGUUUCAAGGGUGUGCAAACCGCUUUUGCUCCUUACUGUACAUAGUCGUUGCAACCGUUUAACCCUAGAGUAGAGACGCGCGUCGUAUCGACUCCUGACUCUAGCGGUGGCGUACGUCGAGUCGAUUUUGUAUCGCUAUAACAGCAACGACUCGUCGGAAAAUUGACUCUGUAUCGCUGCAAUAACGAAUUGACGGCGGAUUGACUUCUGUAGCGAUACCGACGAGUCUCCAGAUUAAAUGGUCUCCGUAUCAAUUAACGACUACUCGACGUCGAAUUGACUCUGUAUCGCUAAUGGUAGCGCUAUCGAGCAGUGGCACCACUUGACCAGCACCGCUGAUCAAUUCGACGUCGCGUUGCCACCGGUGAUAUUAAAACAAACGGUCACCACCACCACCGCCGCUCGAAGGUUAAACCGAUUACACAUCCAACGCCAAUCGUUAUCGCCAUUCUCUCGACUUUCUUUGUUUUUCUUUUUUGUUGUAAUUCCUUUACUUCGUUGAAACGCUCUGCCAUCGGUAUUGCAGGCAACCGUUCUUAAUUCUCGUCUUACCGUCAUUACUGUUACUGUUAUUACCGAUCAUUAUUAUCCUUAUUAUUGUUAUUACACGCUGGUACCCGUGUGUGCUCGCUGUUAUUACACCUUCUGUAACAAAGGGUCCGCCCCGUUUAACGCAACAAAUAAAUUCGAUCAAAUUGAAAUGAGAAAACACGAGAAAAAGCGACGCGCUGCUGUAUCGUCGGCGCGUUCGUCGGACGCGCGUCGCGGUGCAAUCAUCCUCGCGUGAAACGGGUCCGAAGAGUCCUUCUUCUCCCAGUUAGCUUUGGUCGCGUGAACCGAACGCCGAAGAGAGAGAGAACGCCGGUUUCAGCCGGCAGCCCGGCGAAGAGUUGGCUCCGCGCGACUCGGACGACGCGACGGUAGCGAAGAAGCAGAGAGAAGAAGAAGUAAAGAAACAAAACAAAAAUGGAAAAAAAAGAAAAUUAUUUUAAGGAACUUAACGACAUUAAACGGCACCGCGUUCGUGCGAGGCUUCAGUUCGCGUACGAUCGAUGCGUACGGAUUUCCGCGUACGGUUCCUCAUAUCAGACUGUUUCGGAGAAUGUCGUGAAGGUCUCAGGAAUCAGCUAGAUUGUAUCCUUUGGGUUGCCAAGGUUAGAUGGUUUCAAAGUCUAUCCAGUACCUCGUCUGGUAUCUUCCUGUUGUAUUUGGUGGGUUCAUUGUUUCAGAUGUUUAGCGUUGUAUUUAUCGGACCGGCCGCGUUCCGAUCGGCGAGACUUUAUAGAUUCGUCGAGUGUCCCCGGGGAGGGAGAACAAAGAAACGGCGCGUGUUUUUAUCAAACUUUAAUGCGUAAGUCGCGUGUACGCGCGGAGUGGGCCGUAGUCCCACGGGAAACGAGCGCGCGAGGAUGCCACCGAGAAAACGUGGCGCGGCGUUUAAAACCCGUCUCGCACAAAUGUAAAGGACGGGAAUAGUUAGUCGAUCGGUACGUUAGUUUCGUAGCAACCAGAGAAAUCCGGCAAAGAUAGACUUUGAAUCGAGGAGAGGCGUUCGUGUCCAGUCGAAUCCUAUCAACAGCUGAGAGAACGAGCGCGGGAGAGAAAGAGCGGGAGAGAACGAGAAAGAUAGCGUGAGUGAGUGAGAUAUAGAACGCCGCGGUUCGCUCGAGAGAUUGUUCGCACGGUGAAUCGAUCUGUGAUUGCAAUUCCCUUGUAUAAAGUAGCGUUUCGAACAAAAAUAUUCCGAAGCCUCGUGCGACCUCGACACGCUUUCCUUAAUAUGUAAGUAGAAGUAAAAAUAAUUGCUGUGCCCGUGCGCUCGACCGUGAUUCGAUUCCAAGCAGAUGCGAGCCGGCCAGCCGCCCCGCUCGCAGCUUCAAAACGCGUACGGUGGUGUAUCAUCCUCGAUCACAAUUUCGCCGAGCGAUGAGGAAACUCGCGGCUCCGCGACUUUCCUCAGUGCUUCCCGCGACCGUAGGGAAUCCCGAAUUCCAGCUUUUCUUAUCCGAGACGAUUCCUAAUCGGUGUAAAAGGAACAAGACGCGAAAACCUGUGGGAUCCUUUCGUGCGGUCCUCCUCCCCGUUCCACGGCGCGCGUGCAGGGAUUGCGACGCAACGGUAGACCGGUCGAAAUCGCCGAUAUUUCUUUCAUACCUUUCCUUGUUUCCGGGCAUUCGGAACGACGACGCCGGUAAGGUGAAAGUACCCAUUGUGGAACGCGUUUUAGAUUAACGUAAGAUUAUCCACCGAUUUGAUCGGAACUGAAAAGAAGCGUCUAUUCAGCGUCGAAUAUAUUUGUACCGCUGUUCGAUACAUUGACGUAACGAAUCUUGAGAUAUUCAUUUGAUACGACUAAAGAAUAAUGCGAAUAAAAUAGCGAAGUACGAGCGUGUACCUAUUAUAAUAUAUUAUUAUAUAAACGUUUAUUUUUACAGCAGAUCGUUAUAUGUAUGACACGCGGUACAUACGCGAGCGAAUUUGUAAAGAACAAUGUUCAAAAAUACGGUCGAUUUACAUCGACUCUCGCGUGCUCUGCCUAGUUGUUAUUGUAUUAUUUGUGCUACUGUUUCAAGAAGUUGUUUCGUCGUUGGUACUUUUACCUUGAUACCGGUAACCGAAUGGUCAGAAGUAGCCCUUGAAUUAUACGUAUUGUCGCGAGGGUAGUUACGGGGUAAAAUCGUAAAAUCGGUGUUUGGCCUACUUUCUCUGACGUUUAGAAAUUCGGGGUUAUAUCUGAAAUCGAAUCGAAGUCAAAUCGAAGGUAGCGCUUGCGAAAAAUGAAAAACCACUAAAAAUCGAAAAAAGGCACACUUUAUAUGGAUUUUUCAAUUCGGCGCGCCGCGUAGUUUUAUCGAUGCCUACCAUUUGUUGCUCGUCGACACCGAUAGCUUCUCGGGAACGGGAAAUGCCGGUAAACGACCGGUGAACCGGUAUCGACGAAAAACUUGGCCGAACACAUGAUCGGCGAUUGAAAAAGUCGGCGACGCUGCGCAAUCCCUAGGCGUGUACCGUCGCGUACGUCGCGGCGUUCGGUCCAGCGUGCGAGCUAAAGGAUAAUAAUAUUAAUAGGAAAGAUCCAGACGAUUAAUAUUAUUAUUAGUUACAAAAGUUGUACGUGUAUAAAAUAUGAACAUACCGCGCGCAAACAGGAAGCCCGGUCUGCCCGGCCUCGGUUCCGCCCGCGGGACGAUCGUUUUCAAUUUAGGGACUAUGAUAAUACUAUAGCUGGUAGCUAUUGUCUGUAUCGUUUUUUCUACGUUUCAUAGACGCGACUCGUCGACGACGCACCGCACGAACGACGAAAGAUAGAGGCCCGGGAGGCCGUAGCCGGGACGACCGUGUGGUUCCUCGAAGGCCCCUCCUUUAUUUUCGAUUUUCGACAGUUCCGGGGGCCAGCUGUGAUAUUUUCCCAAACUCCAUCUACGCUCCGGUUGCAAGUACCAAACUCGCGCGGGGGUUCGAUCGCGACCUGGACCACCGAUUUCCGGAUCGACACGAUUCCCUAGGGAAUCCUUCGUCCGGAAACCGGGUCGCGGUUCCCCCGCAAUGUGUCCUCUAGGCAAAAAAGGGGUCUCUAGAUCGUUGACGGGUCUCGCCCGCUGUCCGGUUCGGAGACGCGACAAAUUUCACUUUCGAGAAAUAACGAAACCGAUGCGCGCGUUCGGUCGCGGAACACGCCGCCGAGAGUAAUUGUAACCCUCGUGGACGAGUUCGGUCGCCGCUAGUAAGUUGCCUUGUGUUCAUUUUAAACUAGUUUCCGUUAAUUCCGGUUUGUGCACAAACCUCGAGAGAACAAUCAUUGUAUCGUUUACUGGCGCGAGCACUCUCGACGGCCGUGCGACCCGCGAUCCCUCUGUUUCCGAACAACUUACCUCUAAAAAAAAAAGAAAAAAAAAGAAAGCUAAUUUUUCAAGCGGCCGACCAAGCAGCUAACAGGUCGAGACGACAAACAUAUAGAGAGACAGACACCCGCGUCGCUCGUACGGCGACCCUAAUCGCGUUCGCGGCGCAACGAGAAAUACGAUGCGACCUUCCGAUUCUACACGAUCAAACUUGCAACGGACUAGGAUAUAAACAAAUAGAAAUUGUUAAGCGUCGGUGAACAGGCGAAAAACCAGUGUAAUGUCCCCCUCGAACGCCAUGUUUGACCGUCACAAUAAUUGUAACCUUAGCCGAGCCAGGAUCCGCGGUAAAAAGAAACUCGUACACUAUUCUUGUGCGGUGCAUAAGUUCGAAUGGAAUCUAUGCGGCGGCCGUUGCGGGAAACACGAAUUCUGUCUCUGUCCUGUUCCCAGGAUGAACGAAUCGAGAACGAGCGAGGAUUUUAACGCGAUUAUCUGACUAAUUAGUACCUUACGCGAUUCGCUGAACGCGAGAUAUCGAUUCACUCUCUGCUGGAUCUUCGCUUGGUCCGAGUAGAUCAACCCUUAACAAAUAUUCGAGUCUACGUUUCGAUUAGAAUUUCAUUCAUCAUCGGAUUACAUUAAUGCCACGGAUCACGCUUAUUUACAGCAAAAUUUAGCGGGUGAAACGGAAAGUAGUAUAACAUUGGGAGAAUUUUAAAAUAUCGUUACGUUCUAUACAAUUUUUUAUUUGUUCAAACGAUUAGGAAAGGGAAUCGAUUUGCGUUGAAAAGUCCCUAAAUUGUUAGUAUUCCUUAAUCGCUAUUUUGUCUCCAUUGUAAUUCGCAUAAAAAUCGCGUACACUUUCGGGAUAAUUGUUGCAGCAUCUUUUUCGAAAGCAGCAUCGCCGACUGAAAAGUGAAUAUCCAGAGAGUAAACGAAUAUUUUCGUGUUACGAUUUUAGCACGACGCGGACCUCGGUUACCCGGAAGGCGCGAGAAAAAUUCGUAUUAGUUCCCGCGUCCGAAACUAGAUAGCGGUGCAGUGACGUUUACGGCGCUGCGCGCUCCGUUUUACAAAUUGGCGCGCCGAGUUGCCGUUCGGGUCUUGUUCCGCGAUCGUCCUCUUGUCAAUUAGCGUCCCCGAGUGCAAUUAAACCGAUAAUUUCGAGUGUCGAAGCGAUCGUUGUCGGUGUCGGUGAAUCAAAUCUUACGGUGUCUCGUUUCACCGCGGAAAAACAUCGUCGCUGGUCGUUUAAUCGGGUCGAGAAAUCUGGAAGACGUCCGACGACACCUACUCGUCCCACUCCGUUAACCUUUUGCGUGGAAAUAAGAGCCGGAAGAAAAGGUAGUUUUUAAAUUGCCUGUUCGAUAAUAAUACGUAAGUCCGCGAGAAUGCCGAUUGUUCGAUUCACGACGAUUACGCGCAAGAAUGCAUAAUUCGCACAAAAAUGGUUUCUCGUGACGGCCCCCCCCCCCCCCCCCCCAGCGUCCACCCACACCUCCCUCCGUUUACACAGGUUUUAAUAGAUCGAUUUGGAAUUACUCGCGGCUUCGCUUUCCUCUCAAUUUCUCGACUCUUUGUCUCCGACUCGUACGAUCCCCGAUGCAGAGACAGUUUUUGAAAGCGCCGUCGGGAUAGAAUCAAGUGGCCGAUCAAUUUUGAAUAUUUAGAAUAUUUUCUUAUCGCGUGAUAUUUACGAGAGAAACAAAAUAAAAAGAGAAGCAAAUACCGAAGCCACGUUCCGUCGCUGUUUGUCGCUUCGAGCCAGCAACACCUUUCUCCGAAACGUGUUUCUGCAUCGAUUAUACGAGCCCAGUUUUCAAGUUUUAAACUCGCACAAUACGCUGCGUAUGAGUUCGCUUCAGGCACCUGAUUUCUCGAGCGUUAAAAAUCGUUUCUUCUACACUACAAAACAAACGGUAAUUGACGGCUAUUCGCGUCUUUCAUUCGUUCCACGCUUACCACCUCCCCUCCCCCUGCCCCUGCUAACAACCCCUCCGAAGAAAAAAAAAAAGAACGUAUUCUCUUUCCUCUUGUUACGCUAUUCUUAACGGAAAAGUCGUGGAAAAAAUUGUCCAAUCGAGAGCAAAAGCAACGGUGAGCAACAAAAAAUAGAAACAAGAAGAGAAACAAUUUAUGGACGGCGAGAACAAACAACAACAACGAAAUAAUUACAAUUAAAUUUAUACCAACCCGCAUCUAGAUCGCUAAUCCUAGCGCUGUGUGAGUCAAUGUCUCGCGAGAUAUAGGCCUACGAUCCGUCUGUUCGACACUUAAACAACACACACACACACACACACUUUCUUCUAACGCUUAUUAUAAAUAUAUAUAUAUGAUAUACAUAUA